CAUUGACUCCUCAGGCAAUGGGGCAUAUUUACAGAUAACAAACAUGACAUGCACACGCACACAUUUAUUUAAUGGCUAACAAUUGUAGAAUGUGACAAAGGACAUGAUUUCUUUUUUAAUUUUCCCAUCACCUCAAGUGGGGUGUUCUUCCGUAACAGAACGUAACGUGCUAUAACACAUCACCUACAACAGACUUCAGUGUGACAAUAAAAUCCCAUUGAAAAAGAAAUGAAUUCUUGUCUCUUCUUUAAGGAAAUCUGGCCAAACAAUCUAAAGAAGAAUAAAUUUUCAAUAUUUCCUUCUUUUUGGAAACAGAUAAAACGAGAAAAUGAAAAAUAAAAUACUUUGCAAGAAAUAUUCCACGAAAAGCUAAAGGAGAAACAAAAUUUAAAAAAAAAAAACCAACGAACGUAAAAGAAAACACCAGCUACGAACAGUGCAGUGAAGAGUAAAUUUAAAAAAAAAGAAAAGAAACAAAAUCAUAUCAACUAUUAUCAAAACACCGAAGAAGCUGUGAACAAAAAAUGUUUUGGAUUUUACGACGCACUGGGGCGGCGAACUUUUUCAAUUCGCUCAACAACAACUGCAGCACAUCCAAAGGUCCUGGAGGCAGUCAAACAACGAUGGACAAAUAUGUGAAGAGACCGCCACGCAAAGCCUACGGCCGCUUAAGUGCUGACUCCGAUGAUGCUUCCUCGGCGAAACACAAAAUUGAUGAUCCUUUUGAGGAAAUCGAUAAUUUUGAAUUGAUAACACCCACGAAUGGCAAUGCUGGUACGACGACCAGCAACCAAAAUGGAUGCCAUCUCCAUCAUCACAACAGCCAUCACUCGGCCACAAAUGAGGAUGAUGGUGGCGGCGGUGGGGGUGGUGAUAGUUGCUGUGAAGCCGCUUGCCACGGUGUUGUGGAUAGCGAUUGCAGCCUGUGUGGUGGUAAUGGUUUACAAAAUUCUUGCCUCGAGGGUUCGAACAUCAACGACGGGAGCGUCGGUGGGGGACACUGUACCGCAGCUGAUUGUCAAGGAAAUUAUGCCGAUAGUAAUUUAUGUGGAUACAACAUGAAUAGCUUGUGUGGCGGCAGUAGCGCAAAUGGAAUUUUAAAAGUAACCUCCAGUUCGACCGCAUCCCGUCUCAGCAGCAAGGAACUCAAUGAAAACACAAUAAACCGCUUACAGUCCAUGGCGAUGUCAGACGACGAUGACUAUGAUGAAUCACUUACCUGUAAUGUAUGCGAUCGGGCAUUUCAUUGUCAUCGACAAUUGGCUUCACAUCAACAAAAGAAGCGGCAUUUUGGGUGCAGCGGCUGCGAUAGUUUAUUCCCCUCUCUGAUGCUGUUGGAACACCACAAAGAAGAGUUCGAACACUGGAGCGAUGACGAAAUCAGUCGACGAGUAUGCUGUCGUCGAAAUCGUGGCGAUGAUUACUUUACCGAUACCGAUUCCUUUACCAGCGAUGCUGAAAGUGAAGAUUUAGAAAGGCUGUUAUAAAUUGGUUAAUUCAAAACAAAUACAUGAACGAUGUUUUCUACUCCCCGUAUAGUUAAGAAACAAAUCCAUAUCUUUAACCCAAUACUGCUCCCUUGGAAUGUUUUGUUGUUUCUUUUUUACUCAGAAUAUAAUGGAGCAAAUAGAAUGUAUCUUGUAUAAAGAAUAUGUGUAUUUAUUUGUUAUGAAAAAAAAAAGAAAACAGAAAGUUUCCUACACUCAACUAAAUAAAACAAGAAAUAUCCUUUAAUAUUCCCUAGGAAAAUGUAUGAUAUUUAUAAAUAAGUUAAAUUGUUAAGGUGAUUACUAAUAAUAAGUCUACGUUGUAGAUAAAAUCAAUGUUUUGAUAGCCGUUAUUAGAAAAAUGUUGGGUUUCCAUUUUCAUACAAGAUCUCGUAUUGAUAAAAAUAUUAAAAUACAUCACAUUUGAAGAAACUCAAACGAAUAUUUUGGAAUGGUAUAUUUCGUUUUCAUUCGAGAUCUUGUGUUGAUACUUAAUAUAAAUAUAGUAUUCAUCACUGGUGGAAAAACUGCAAAGUAUUUUUUGCAUUUUAUAAAAUUCCAAUAAAAAAACAAGUAAGCAAAGGCUACAGUCGAGCGGGGCCGACCGUUGA